GAUGAGAUUGAGUUGAAUUUUGAUCUUUUGAUAAGUAGUACCUGUUUACCAAAGUAGUUUCUCGAAUCGAAUUAUUUUUUGAAUGAAAUGGAGGACGUAUUGGUUUUAAAAGAUUAUAAGACUGUUCCUGAUAUUGUGCACGAAUACGAGCCAACGUUAAAACUAGGCCAUAUACCUUUAGUAAUUGACAAUGGUUCGUACCAAUGUAGAGUUGGCUGGUCAAUUUAUGACGAACCGCAUUUAAUAUUUAAAAAUCUAAUAGCCCGGCCUCGAAAAGACCGGUGUAAAAAAGAUGCCGAACCUCCCGUUACGCCGCCUAUUCAAAUAGGAAACGAUAUAAUCAAUAUAGAAGCCGUCAGAUUUCAGUUGAAAACACAGUUUGACAAAAAUGUGGUGACACAUUUUGAGGCCCAGGAGCAGGUUUGUGACUACAUAUUCUCCCAUCUUGGCAUUGACAACGAGGGCAGUGUGCCCCACCCCAUUGUGAUGACUGAAGCAUUUGUUACUCCUAACUACUGCAGGCAGUUGAUGUCAGAGCUUCUUUUUGAAGGCUAUGGUGUGCCAGCAGUGAGCUAUGGAGUUGACUCCCUCUUCAGCAUGUAUCGAAAUGAUAUUGGGGACACAGCACUUAUCGUGAACUGUGGUUACCACACCAUACACAUUAUACCUGUCCUCAGAGGAAAUGUUAUUGCUGAACAUGCCAGGAGAAUCAACUUAGGUGGCAGUGAAAUGGUAUCAUACCUGCACAAGCUGCUUCAAUUGAAAUAUCCUGUUCAUGUUAACGCAAUCACCAUGUCCCGAGCUGAGGAGAUUCUGCAUGAGCACUGCUCCAUAGCUUUGGACUACCAGGAGGAGAUCAAGAAGUGGGCUAAUCCAGACUAUUACGAAGCAAAUGUGAAGAGAGUGCAGCUCCCAUUUGUGCAGUCUGCUAGCUCAUCUGGUUUGACAGCUGAACAACAGAAAGAGCGUAAGAAAGAGAUGGCGCGGAGACUGUUGGAAAUUAAUGCAAGGAAAAGAGAAGAAAGAUUAGCAGAAGAUGAAGAAAUGCUAAAUCAGUUGCUUGCAAUACAGGACAUGAUAGAAGAUGGGGAUACAGACGAAUUUAACGAAGCAAUCAAAGGCUUUGAUAUUAAAAGUUAUGAAGAUCUGCAGCGUCAAAUAUCAAAUGUGAACACGAAGAUAGAGAAGAACAAGCAGCGUAUCAUAGCCGCGGCGAACGCGGAAGAGAACUUAGAAUCUCGACCGACUGGCCGCAUGCAGCCGCCUUCUGAUCCUGAGGCCUUCCAACUGUGGCUCAAUGACACCAGGGCUAAGUACCGCGAGUUGGUGAGCCGGCGUGAGCACAGACGCGCGCGGCGGUCGGCGAUGCUGAAGCGGCGCACGGCCGCCGCGGCCGAGCGCAUGCGCGUCAUCUCCCGUCUGGCCGCCGCCGGCGACGACUUCGGCAACCAGGACUCCGACUGGGACGCCUACAAGAGCAUAAGUCGCGAAGCAGAUUCAGACUCCGAAGCCGACGGCGAGCGACUGCUGGAGCUGGAGGAAGCUCUGAGAGAGCACGAGCCGCAGCCCUCCUCGCAUCAACAUCAUCAGCUGCACCUCGCCAUUGAGCCGCUCAGAGCGCCCGAGCUGAUGUUCCAGCCGUCUAUGAUGGGAAACCUGGAGGCGGGAUUGGCGGAGACCAUGGAGUACGUGCUGAAGCACUUCAGUGCUGAGGACCAGCUGCUGCUGGCCAACAAUGUGUUCCUCACCGGCGGCGGCUCGCAGCUGCCAGGUUUGAAAGAAAGGUUAGAAAGAGAGCUUUUAGAAAUGAGACCCUUUCAAUCGACACACAAAGUUGUUAUGGCUCAGAACGCGAGUUUGGACGCUUGGUACGGCGCGAGGGACUUCGCGGGCAGCAACGAGUUCGAGAGCUAUUGUAUAACUAAAGAAGAGUACUAUGAAAUGGGUGGGGAGUACUUGAAGGAGCAUCACGCAAGUAAUUUGUACUACAAGAGCCCUGCUCCGAUCAUAGACACUACGUUAGCCCCCGCUGGCGACGCCAAUGUGGUCAAAGAAGAAAUUGUGGUUGAUUGUUGAACGUCACCAAUAAAUAUUAAAACGUUA